GAUGAAGAGCAGCAAGGCCCUUGCAUUUUUUAAGAUUGGUGGGAAUACAGACGCAGAAAGACAAUUCCCACUGCAGGUUUCCAGCUCAGAGGCACUGAUAAUGCUUCAAGACCUUAUUACUCAGCAACUAUUUUUUUUUUUUUUUUUGAUGAAAAUGGAGGUGUCUUCCAAAAAGCCUGUCUUGAAAAAAAUUAAGACCUGCUUAGAAGACUGGUUCCACUAGAGGGCCUCCUGGAUCAUUCCUUCUCUGCGACCACCACCAUGUAUACAUGGUGUGAGUGUUAUGUACGUACACAACACAUAUACAUAUCACACACACACUCACAUAACCUUCCAGUCAGAGUUCUCCCCACCCCCGCUCCUCCACUACCAGGUAUAAGAAGGGAGAGUCCAGAACUCAAACCUUUGUCACUGUGCCCUACUUCAAUGAAGGGUAGGAGGGAGUUAGAUGGGGUUGGGGCGGGGCCAGGGAGCAGGAUGCUUGGGCCCCCAGUUCCUACCAGUAAGUCCCCAGGCCUCUGCCUCUCUGCCAAGCUAUACCAAACUCACCACCACCCAUGCGGCCCCAAGAGCCUUAAGAACUGCAUCACAGACUCCAGACAGGGGAGGGCUGAACGGUCCAGCUUCUGGCCAGGACCUUCUACACCACCUGCCAAGGCCCCAGAACUACAGAAGGUGGAGAACCAGGCGCUACCUGUACUACUGCCAAGCUGCCUUUGUGACCGCCCUCAAGAGGAGGAUGGCCAAGGAGAAGGGCAUGAUAAGCCCUAGUGAUUUUGCCCAGCUGCAAAAAUACAUGGAAUAUUCUACCCAAAAGGUCAGUAAUGUCCUGAAGCUCUUUGAGGAUGGCGAAAUGGCUGAAUAUCUCCAAGGAGAUGCCAUUGGGUACCAGGGAUUCCAGCAGUUCCUGAAAAUCUAUCUGGAAACGGAUAAUGUCCCUGCUCACCUAAGCCUGGCACUGUUUCAGUCCUUCCAGACAGGUCAAAACUCAGAAGAGACUUUGGAGGAAGAUGUGGUGUGUCUCAGUGAUGUCUCCUGCUACUUUUCCCUUCUGGAGGGGGGCCGGCCAGAAGACAAGCUAGAAUUCACCUUCAAGCUGUACGACACGGACAGGAACGGAAUCCUGGACAGCACGGAAGUAGAGAAAAUCAUCGUACAGAUGAUGCGAGUGGCUGAAUACCUGGACUGGGACGUGUCUGAGCUGAGGCCGAUUCUUCAGGAGAUGAUGAAGGAAAUUGACUACGACGGCAGCGGCUCCGUGUCCCUGGCUGAGUGGCUCCGGGCCGGGGCCACCACAGUGCCACUGCUGGUGCUGCUGGGCGUGGACAUGACCCUGAAGGACAAUGGCCAGCACAUGUGGAGACCCCGAAGGUUCCCCCGCCCCGUCUACUGCAACCUGUGCGAGUCGAGCAUCGGCCUUGGCAAACAGGGGCUGUGCUGUAACAUCUGUAAGUACGUCGUCCACGACCAGUGCGCCAUGAAGGCCUCGCCCUGUGAAGUCAGCACCUACGCCAAAUCUCGGAAGGACAUUGGUGUGCAAUCCCACGUGUGGGUGCGCGGGGGCUGCGAGUCGGGGCGCUGCGACCGCUGUCAGAAGAAGAUCCGGAUCUACCACAGCCUGGCCGGGCUGCACUGCGUGUGGUGCCACCUGGAGAUCCACGACGACUGCCUCCCCGCCAUGGGCCACGAGUGUGACUGCGGGCUGCUGCGGGACCACAUCCUACCGCCGUCCUCCAUCUUCCCCAGUGUUCUGGCCUCUGGACAGGACUGGAAAAGUAACAAAGCAGGCCACAAGGCCGUGGAUGACUUCAGCUUGAGCACCUUUGAGGCUAUGCGGAUUGACCCUGUUUCUAAUACCCACCCACUUCUGGUGUUCAUCAACCCUAAGAGUGGCGGGAAGCAGGGCCAGAGGGUGCUUUGGAAAUUCCAGUACCUACUAAACCCCCGACAGGUAUUCAACCUGGUGAAGGACGGUCCCGAGGCAGGGCUCAGAUUCUUCCGAGACAUUCCUGAUUACCGGAUUUUGGUGUGUGGCGGAGAUGGCACUGUAGGCUGGAUUCUUGAAACUAUGGACAAAGCCAACUUGCCUUUUUUGCCUCCGGUCGCUGUGCUGCCCCUGGGCACAGGAAAUGAUCUGGCUCGCUGCCUGAGAUGGGGAGGAGGGUAUGAUGGACAGAACUUGGGGAAGAUCCUCAAGGAUUUAGAGCUGAGUAGGGUAGUACCUAUGGAUCGCUGGUCUGUGGAGGUGAUACCGCAACAAACUGAAGAGAAGAGCGACCCGGUCCCGUUCCAUAUCAUCAAUAACUACUUCUCCAUCGGUGUGGACGCCUCGAUUGCUCACCGAUUCCACAUCAUGCGGGAGAAAUACCCCGAGAAGUUCAACAGCAGAAUGAAGAACAAGCUGUGGUACUUCGAGUUCGCCACCUCUGAAUCCAUCUUCUCAACGUGCAAAAAGCUGGAGGAGGCUGUGACCGUUGAGAUCUGCGGAAAACCGCUGGAUUUAAGCAACUUGUCCCUAGAAGGCAUUGCAGUGCUAAACAUCCCUAGCAUGCACGGAGGCUCCAACCUCUGGGGUGACACCAAGAAACCUCAAGGGGAUAUACAUGGGAUCAACCAGGCCCUGGGCGCUACCGCCAAAGUCAUCACCGACCCCGACAUCCUGAAAACCUGUGUACAGGACCUAAGCGACAAACGGCUGGAGGUGGUGGGGCUGGAAGGCGCACUCGAGAUGGGCCAGAUCUACACCAAGCUCAAGAGCGCUGGACAUCGGUUGGCCAAGUGCUCUGAGAUCACUUUCCACACCACAAAGACCCUCCCCAUGCAGAUCGACGGGGAGCCCUGGAUGCAGACGCCCUGCACAAUCAAGAUCACCCACCGGAACCAGAUGCCCAUGCUCAUGGGCCCCCCGCCUCGCUCCUCCAAUUUCUUUGGCUUCUUAUACUGACGGGACCACCCUUCGCCUCCAGGCCGGCCUCGAACCCACCUCUUCAUCCUGGUCCUGGGACUGUACCCCCCUGGGCUCUGUACAUUGCCGCCGCCCUCCUACCAGCCAGGGGAGCACCCUCCACCCUCGCAGUAUUUAUUACGUUCACCACCUCCACUGUCCCCACUCACACUCACACACACACACACACACCACACACCACACACAUACAUUGAAAGUGCCUCAUCUAAAUAAAAUGACUUUUUCCCCCACUGGGAGAUCUGUUAA